GCAACUCUCUUGCAGAAUUCAUUCCAGCUGGACGGUCCCCUCCACAGCGACAACGACUAUUCGGGCUCCCAGCGACAAUUCCCUGGUCCGAUGGGCUUUUCCAUGGAUGAGGAGGAAAAUCAUCGCAGAGGAAAUGCUGCGGGCCAUCCUCUAGCACAGCCAGUUUCAGUGCCUGCGACCAACGGCCUGCGCUACAACACACAGCAGCCUGCCAUGCAGGAUCUCCCGUUCGCAACAUCUCCUACGAUCCUCAUGAGUCCAGCGGACUCUGGAUGUUCCGGUUGGUUGCCCAAUUCAGGCCCUUCCAUGCGGACUGCAAGGCUGACAUGUCCAUAA